AUGAAUUCAUUUACCGAUCAAAGAAGAAAUAAAGCGGCCCCGGCGGCUCCGGCCUCCUCGCUGGCGGUGGCGGCGGUGCUGCCCGCGGGCCGGAGCGGGGAGAGGAUGAGCGUCCCCACCCCGAAGCAGUUCUGCCCGGUCCUGGAGCGGCCGCUCAUCAGCUACAUCCUGCAGGCCCUGGAGAGAGUAUGUUGGAUAAAGGACAUUGUUGUGUCAGUAACUAGAGAGAACAUGGAAGCAAUGAAGGGUAUUAUUCAGAAAAAGAAGUACCAGCAUAAGCGCAUCUCACUGGUUGAAGCUGGAGUGACCCGCCACAGGUCAAUAUUCAAUGGACUAAAAGCUCUGGCUGAGGAUCAGUCAGACUCCAAGCUCUCGAAGCCAGAAGUAGUGAUUAUCCAUGAUGCUGUGAGACCUUUUGUGGAGGAAGAUAUUCUCCUUAAAGUGGCCACAGCUGCUAAGGAACAUGGGGCAGCAGGAGCAAUUCGCCCUCUUGUAUCCACCGUCAUCAGUCCAUCUGCCAAUGGUUGCUUAGACCACUCCCUGGAACGUGCCCGACACAGAGCAAGUGAAAUGCCACAGGCUUUUCUAUAUGAUGUGAUCUAUGCAGCAUAUCAGCAGUGUAGCGACUAUGACCUGGAAUUUGGAACUGAAUGUUUGCAACUGGCUCUAAAAUACUGUCAUGUCAAAGCCAAACUUGUGGAAGGAUCACCUGAUCUCUGGAAGGUGACCUACAAACGAGAUUUGUAUGCAGCUGAAUCGAUUAUUAAGGAAAGAAUUUCACAACACAUUUGCAUAGUUAUGGACACCAAAGAAGAUGAAGAACAUGUAGGUCAUCAUCUUGAAGAAAUGCUAAAAAAUGAGUUAAAUCAUGUGAAAGUCACAUCUGGGCCUCUGGGUCAUGCUGGCAGAGAUCUCCAGCAAAUCAUCUUAGAGCAAUGCUACAGUUUUGUUUGCGUGAAUGUUAUGACCUCUGCAUUUGAAGAAACCCAGAAACUACUGAAUAUGCUUAAAGAGAGUCAUCUUUCUGUUUUGUAUCCUGUUGCUGUUAUUUCAGUGCAUUUUCUUGAUUAUAAAUCAGUACAUUUUGAUCAUAAAAUGGAAAACCUAAUGCAGAUUAGGGAACUAGCAAAGGAAGUGAAAGAAAGAAAUAUUUUAUUAUGUGGACUUCUCAUAUAUUACUCACAGGAUGAGCAGAAGCUCCAGGACAGUUUAAGGCAAGGGGCCACAAUAAUUGCCACACUCAUCAAAGAGAGAAAUUCUGCAUUCAUUGGUCAGCUACUGGUAGCAUGAAGGACACAGAGAAAAUUGCCUACUGAGUUUAAAGAAGUGUUUAAGUUCCUCUGUCCUGCUUCCCCUCCCUGUUGUGUGUGGUAGCAUAUUUAAGUUGUCUUUUAUGUCUCAUAAUUUGUAGGAUAUGAUGCUUGGGUUAUAAAAGUGGAUUAAUGUUUUAUAUUUGUGAAAUAA